AUGGCGGAUAGACGUAAUUGGAAUAUCCAAGAAGAGGAUGUACUAAUUAGCAUUCUACAAGAGAUUGUAGCCGCCGGUGGUAGGAGUGAUAAUGGGUGUUUUCGGACCGGCACGUAUGAGCAAAUUGUUUUAAAGAUGCGUGAAAAGAUUCCGGGCCUUAAUAUAACAUCAAAACACAUCCAAAACAAAAUGAAGCGGCUCAAGGAUAAGUAUUCAGCAGCUUAUGACAUGCUGAAUACAAGUGGAUUCGGUUGGGAUGAUGCGCAUCAAUGCGUAACGGUGGAUGCUCAAGUUUUAGAGGAAUACUUAAAGAAACAUCCAAGCAAAAAUUAUAUUGCCAACAAGCCGUUUCCUCAAUAUGAGCGACUGAAAACAAUAUUUAGAAAAGAUCGAGCCACAGGAUCGAUGGCGGAAUCUGCCGCAGAUGCAUUGGAACACAUAAAUCUUGAAAGUGCAGUCGGGGAUGAUACUGAUGAAUUGAACGUGCCUUUGACUACUCCUUCUAAUGGCGCUUCUGCAUCCUCUAUUCCACAAGAUGUAGAAGCAUCAUCAAAAAAAAGAAAGAGAAAAGCGGGUGUUUCUGAAGAUGCAAUGAAGGUGAUUGAGAAGGGGUUGAAUGUAAUAUCCGAGGAAAUGGGUAAGUUGGUAUCGGUUGUUGGUACUCCGGGUUUACAAACUAUGCCCGAUGAGUUAACCAACAUGGGUUUUGAUGAUGAUCAAGUUAUUGCUAUUAGCAUGUACUUUGCCGAUAACCCGAUUCAACUACGCCUAUGGAAUAGCAUGAACGCUACUUUGAAGCCAAAAUUUGUGGCGACUAUCUUAAAAAAGUUAGACAUGUGA